CCUUUCUAUCAACUCUAGGUGCAGGCAGGAACGAAAGUCUCUCAAAAUGGCCCAAAAUUCGGACGCCGUGAAACAGGCCAUGUUUGAGGAGCUGCAGAAAAUAUUGAACCCUGAUUCGGAGCAGAGAAAGUCCGCCGAAGCUCGGCUGGCGCAAUUAAAAUUUACAGAAUGGUAUGGAGUGAAUUUGGCUGAAUUUACCAUCGACCAGCAAAUACACAUUGGAUUGCGGCAACUGGCAUCGGUUAUGCUGAAGCAGUAUGUUGACGAUUGCUGGACCGAUGGAGGCGACGAUGUGGGCGAAGAUUUGGCCGCGCUGGGAAAUGUUCCGAGCAGCUCUAGCGCAGUGCUUCUAGUGAACGAUGAUGCGAAGCGGCGAAUAAAGCAGAUCCUUCCCGAAGGUCUUUAUGACCAAAACAGCAAGAUACGCUCGGUCGUAGCCUACUGCAUUGCCAAUAUUGCACUCUACGAUUGGCCCGGAGACUGGCAGGAGCUGUUCGAUGUGAUCGUAAAAUGUUUGAGUGGAACGGAAAACUCCAUCGACGGUGCGAUGAAGGUGUUGGUCGAAUUCACGCUCGAGCUGGACAAACAGAUUGCCGACGUUGCCCCGUUGAUACUGUCUGAGGUUUAUCGCAUAUUUACCGCCGACACGGUGUACAAUGUAACGGCGCGAAAAUACGCAGUAGAAAUCCUGUAUGCGCUACUGCGUGCCAUCAACAACCAGAUUGAAACGAGGCAGCAAAAGUCCGCCAUUCUCGAUCCGGUCUUGCCCAACUUUAUGCAACGACUCAUCGAAGGCCUCACUGCACCGAAUGGAGCGCACAGUAGUUUUCAGCUGAAAACGCAAAUCAUUAAAGUGCUAAAGUACAUGAUGUCCGAUAUGUCCAAGUUCGUUCAGCCAUACCUUGGUACGAUACUUCCCACCAUCUGGCAACUGCUCACGCAGCUGGCAGACUUUUACGUGAAAGUGGUGGUGAACGAAAUCGAAACGGCUCCUUUCAACGGAACCGAGCAGGACGACGACGAGGUGGACGAUUUCGUGCAGAUGAUUCUGCAAAUCUUCGAGUUCGUGCACACCAUCAUCGAGAUGAAGAAGUACAAGGCAGCCAUCACGAACGUGCUCACCGAUCUGGUGUACAUAACGGUGCUGUACAUGCAAAUCACGGAAGAGCAGUCGCAAUCGUGGCUGGAAGACCCGGAAAAGUUCGUCGACGACGAAGACGAGCAGGGCGUUGAGUUUACGAUUCGCACGACGGCGCACGAUGUGCUGCUGAUAGUGGGGCAGGAGUACGAGAAGCAGCUGCUGCCCUGCUUCACGGAAGCACUUGGCAAGCACAGUGCGGUGGCGGAUGUGGAUCGUAAUGCGGGUAACCCAUACUGGUGGAAGAUUCACGAAUCGUCCCUGUUGGCGGUAGGGUCUUUCAAGGAUCUGAUCGUUGAAAACCCCAACGGGUUCGAUAUGGGACAGUAUUUGGCGCUGAUCAAGAUGCUCAUGGAAAGUCAGGCUUCACCGUAUCUGCUUGGCCGGUGUCUCUGGUUGUUAAGCCGGUUCUGCGAGUGUGAUAUACUACGGCAGCCGUUCAUGGAGCAGAUCGUUAAUGUGACCAUCGACAGUCUGGCGCUGGACAAACCGGUCACGCUGAGAAUCAUGGCCGCCAGGGCCAUUUUCGGUUUCUGCACUAACCUCAAAGCGAACACCGACGAGCGACACGUGUUGAUUAUGUCGAAACUGGAACACUUUUUCGAUGGGCUGGUCCCGUUGUUCCAGCAGUCUCAAAAUACCGUACUAGGUCUGUUGCUGGAAGCCAUGAGUGCUAUCAUAUCGUUUGACGUCAACGUGACGGCCACCAUCUGCCCGAAGGUGAUCGAUCUAACGAUGAGCAUCUUCCAGAAGUACCACGACGAUCGCUUCCUGUUGGAAAUGGUGCAAGAUGUGUUGAAGAUUCUGUCGCAAAAUCCCUUCUGUUUGCUGCCUCUGCAGGAUCGUAUCAUUCCAACGCUGGUGGCGAUACUCAACAGCGAUCAGGGUACGGCGGAGCAAACGCUGCUAGCGCCAGACAUUGCACUGGAUGUGCUGCAAACACUCGUCAAAUACUCGCAGGCUCCCCUCAGCGAUGCGAUGAUCGAGAGCGCCUUCCCGUCGGCCGUCCACUGCAUUCUGCGCUCGGAAGACCACUCGGUGAUGCAGGCGGGGGGCGAAUGCCUCCGUUCGUUUCUGGCCGUCUCGCCGGAGCAGAUCUGCCGCUACAAGAAUGGCGAGGGGUUAAAUUACGUCCUGCAGGUGGCUACAAUGCUGCUCAAUCCGAUGAACACCGAGUCAACGGCUUCGUUUAUCGGACGGCUCGUUAUUACGAUCAUUACGAAGGUGGGCAGUUUGCUGGGCGACUCGGUCGAUCUGUUGCUGAAAGCGGUGAUCAGCAAAAUGCAGCUGGUCGAAAGCCUGAACGUUAUCAUGAGCUUGGUAACCAUUUUCGCCCAUCUGAUCCUGCUGCAACUCGAUGCGGUGAUGAACUUCCUAAGCACGGUACCGGGCCCAACGGGUGAAACGGCAAUGUGCUUCGUGCUGGCCAACUGGCUCAGCCGGCAGCAUCUAUUCUACGGGCAGUACGAGCGGAAGGUAACCACGCUCGCACUCUGCAAGCUAUUCGAGCACGGUGUCACGACGAAAGACGAUCGGCUGAACACGGUCAUGAUCAAGGAGCAGCAGCAGAUUCCGGCAGCCGGUGCAAAUCCAAAUGCCCCCGGACGCCGCACCCGAUCGGCCACGGCGAAAACACCGACCGUAUGGGUCGAUACGCCAGUGUUGGUAAAAAUUUUCAAACUACUGCUGCACGAGCUAGCCAACCUGCGCGAAGCAAAGGAUGCUCGGACUAAGAACUUGGAGGACAGCGAGGACGAAGGUAACAGCACGAGCGAUGACGAAACGGAUGACACCAGCGUAGAUGGGGCCAAGAUUUCUUCGAUCGCAGCAUUGCUUCAUCUAGAUGAAGGUGAUGAUGAAGAAGAGGACGAAGAUGAGCGCCAACUGAUGGCGGAACUGAUGAACGAUCCUAUCUUCCAGUGCGAUACAACCGAAUAUCUAACCAAAUUUAUCGAAGGCUUCAGUCAACACGAAAAUUUCCGCGCCUUCCUGGAAAAGAUCGACGAAGCGGAAAAGAAAAUACUCCAGAGCUUCAAUAUUUCUCUGAUGUAAAAGCCUAUAUUGCAGCUUUGGGUUCAGUACUCCCCACAUUUCAACAGAAAAAUUGUGUUUCGUUAUCUUCAUCAAUGAAGAAAAAAAAACGUCGGCUUUACAAUACCCGUUUGGUUUGCAACGUGUUUAAUACAUUUUGUAAAAUAUAUAAUCAAAAUUG